AUGACGCAUGUGAUACGCUGCGCACGCCGUUGUAAAUUUUCUACUCGCCCGUGGUGACUGAGGAAUCGCAUUUUCUAUUUUUCGGGCUAUUGUCGCCGUUUGAAGUUCGACUGAAAUAUCCGUAAACCCCCCUAAAAUGUCUGGUGCUGUGAAGAGGUUCAUCCCGAUGUUUGAUCGCGUGCUGCUGCAGCGAGCAGAGGCCAUCUCCAAGACUAAGGGUGGUAUCAUGAUUCCUGAGAAAGCGCAACAGAAGGUCUCAGAAGCGACAGUGGUGGCUGUAGGGCCAGGCUUCAGGACAGAGGAGGGCAAGACGGUGCCGUUGGGUGUGACUGUCGGCGACAAAGUGCUGCUGCCCGAGUUUGGCGGUACCAAGGUGACCCUGGACGACACCGACUACGUGUUGAUGCGCGACACAGACCUGCUGGGCAAGUUCACCGAGUGACCGACCCGCCCCGCCGAUACUCACCCCCGUGUAUGAGUGGGCGCCGGCCCGCCGCCGCCGCCCGCUAGCCGGGCCACUGUCGGGGCGCGCGCGCGGCGGGCUGGCCAGUCAUCUGCGUGCGGUCGGCGGCUCGGGCGGCGCCCCGACCCGCCGACCGCACGUGUCACCGUCAACGGCGGAGUCUCAUCAUGUUAUACUGUAGCCGGCCGCCGCUGAGCCGGAACGCUGUGCAGAGCCGUUGUUUAUGACCAGUCAUGGCGGAUCGCCUGUAUUGCCACAGUCUGUGCGAUCCGCAAUGUUUUUGUAAUAAAUAUAUACAAUGUAUGAGGGAGAA